CUCAGAGAAGCCCAACUGGGAUUACCACGCAGAGAUACAAGCUUUCAGCCACCGGCUACACGAAAACUUCUCUUUGGAUCUCCUCAAGACUGCGUUUGUUAAUUCCUGUUACAUUGAAAGCGAAGAGGCAAGACGCCGAGAACUUGGGCUGGACAAAGAAGCGGUUGCUCUUCAUCUCCAAGACAACAGUAAACUCGCUGAACAAGGGGUGUCUUUUUCACGUUCUUACCUGACGCAGUGUUUUGAAGGUGCCUACCCAGAUUUACCUGCAAAGGGCAUAGGAGCACUUGUUGAUUUUCUUACCAGUCAGGAACUUGUCUCUUAUGUGGCUCAAAACCUGUCUGUACAGGACCUGACGCUUUGCAAAGAGUUUCCAGUCCCACCAGAUGUGCUACAGAGGACGUUCUUUGCUGUGAUAGGAGCCUUGCUCGGUAGCAGCGGGCCUGAGAAAACAGGGGUCUUUGUCAGGGAUUUUUUUAUUCCCCAAUUGAUUGGAAAAGACCUGUUCGAGAUCUGGGAAGUUGUAAAUCCUAUGGGCUUACUAGUGGAAGAACUAACCAAGAGGAAUAUCUCUUCUCCAGAGCCAAGAAUUACCAGGCAGUUGGGAGUCACCACAGUUCUGCCACUGUACUUUGUUGGCUUGUACUGCGAUAAGAAGAUUAUAGCCGAAGGUCCUGGUGAAACACUGCUUGCUGCAGAGGAAGAAGCUGCCCGCGUGGCACUGCGGAAGCUGUACGGGUACACAGAGAACAGGAGACCUUGGGAUUACUCGAAACCCAAACAAGGACUGGCAGCUGAGAAGGCUAUCAGCAGUAACUAGAUCAUAAAAGCCAUUUCUAGUUCCUCUCGAGAAUUAAUGGCUUUCAUGCAGAUUAUAGAUGCAUUUAGGAAAGCAAAAUUCAGUUUGGUUUUCUGACCUUAAGUUCUUGAAAUUUGCAAAUCAAAUAUGGUAUUAAAGUA